AUGCCUGAAUUUCCACCACUAGGUGAUUAUAUGAUCGAGUACAGUAAAUCAAGCCGAUCAAAAUGCAAGUUGACUGGCAAGAAUAUUCCACAAAGUGUUCUUAGGAUUGGAAAGAUUGUCAGAUCAGAGGUUGAUAGUUUUGGUGGAAAUUAUCCAGAAUGGUACAAUUUUGAAGAUGAUGAUUUGGUUGAAAAAUUGAAGAAUCACGAAAUACACGGAUUAAAAAAAUUAAAAGCCAAUGAUAAGAAAAGAAUUGAGGAAUUGUUAAAACAAGAGAAGAAGAGAAGUUUGGAAAUUACAAUUGAUGAAGAGGAAAAUCUUUCUAAAAAGAUUAAAAUGUCAAGCUCAACACUCACACGAACAAGUGCAUUGGAAGAGUUUACCAAUGAUUUGAUUUAUGAAAUUUCAAAGUUUCUCAAUGCUGAAUCAUUUGCAAAUUUGGCAGUGUUGAAUUCUAGAAUGUAUGGAAAGUUUAACUCGUGCAUUUGUGAUAUGAUGAAUAGAAAUGAGUUUGUACAAGUGAUGAGAAGUAAGAAGGUGGAUCCUAGAUUUAGUGUUCACCUAACCUCAAAUCUACCAUCUGUUGUUGAAGAGUACAAGAAGAAUUGCUCACUAUCAAUCAGUAUUCUAUUCAUGGCACUAGAUCGAUAUCCUGGAGGUAAUUCAGAUGAAAUGAUUUUGAGUUGGAAACUCAAGGUUAAACCAAACAAGCCAGUACAAAUCAAGAAGGGUCAAUUACGUAGUUGGGAUGGUUCUCUCUCUGGCAAUCGUUCAAUGAAAAUUCAAAUUGACCGUUCUCCUAUUGAUCUCCUCAAGAAAAUGAUGAGACAAUCAUGUGAUACUCCCAAUAAGGAUAAUUUACACUACUUUACAAUAAGGGAUAAUAGAUUUGAUUCAGAGGAGUAUGAUACUGAAUGGAGUGGAAUCAAAAUAGAUGUUGCCUUAUCAGAAACUAAAGAAAACAUUUUUUCCUUUCAUCAACAAGCAAUUUAUACAAACGAAAGGAGAAAGAAGGCAGAAAAUGAUUCAAUUGAGUAUCCUUUGAGUGAAAAUGCAACAUCCCUUGUUGAAUCUCUUCAAACAUUUUGUGGAAUAUCAAGAGUAGAGGCCGAAUCAGAGGGACUAUCUAUCUCUUCAAAAGAACCACCAAAAUAUCCAAAAGCUUACUGUUUUGACAUUGAAGAAGCCACUGAUCAAUAUGAACCACUAACCAUUUAUUUGCAUAGAAUUUAUGAAAAGUAA